AUGGCGGUGUUAAAGAGCCCCAACGGCCCAACGCAUCGCAUAGAAGAUUCGACGGCCCGGGCAACCCACGACGACCCGACACGGGACGUUGCGAAUUGCACAAGUGGUAGUGCAGCGAGUGCAGCGGCUGAGUGUAGCGCUGUUUCUAAGAGACCUAGCAGUCCUCGUAAAGCUAUUCUGGAUGUGUUGCGCGGGGGCCCACUGCACGGCGAACGGGGAGCUCUAAAACGGGGAUGGUCUCGCAUCGUUAGCUUCGUGCGGAGAGAAAACCGGCAGGCGCGGGAGCAGAAGGAGUCCGAGUCGAGGAAGAGACAGGAGAAAAGCGUAGCCGCCGUGAGGGGCGGCGGAGAGGCUACUAUCACCAGCAUUAGAGCCGGCGGGGAGGCUCUAGCGAGCGAGAGUAGCGCCAAUUCGCGGUUGACAUUCGGCGAUUGGGCUUCUGGCGGAGGCGCGGCCAGCAGCAGCCCUGGCGAUCCGAAGGCGCGGCUGGCGCAGGCUUCGCGGAAGCCGGCGGAGAGCGGCGCAGGUUGUAACGGGGCGUUGCGGAAGGGCGGGGGGGGCGCGGUAUGCGCGGCAUUUGUCCCCACGAUGAUGUGCGUGAAUGAAGGGGCGAGGAAUGGGGAGCGUGGGACGCGGGACUGGGAGCCAAGUGGGGAGGGGGGCGGAGCGGUUGAAUCGAGUACAGGGGGCGGUAAUGAUGACACAGAGGCUUCGCUCAGCUUCCAUGUGCGCCGGGACUGGGGCGGGGAUGAACAGGCGGAAGGGGCCGACGAAGGUCAGGCGGAGGUGGUAAGCCACGGGGCGGAAGCGGAGGAGUUGGGCGGGCCAGGGUGGACGCACCUGGCACGAGCUGCACUGGAGCCAUGGGAGGUGUGCGAGGGCGUGGGCGCCGUGCGGGCUGUAGACGAGUGCGGCUAUAGCGGGGAUGGAGUGGGAGGAGAGGCAGGUUGCCGCGAUGGUGGGGAGGCCGUGCUGGUGUACAUUCCUCACGUCAACCCGUCACCACAGCCGCCGACAGCAGUGCUGGCAGCGGCACUGCAACGCACUGCUUCUCAUUGGAAGGGGGCAGAGAUGCGAGAAGCAGCAGAGGAGGAGGGGUGCAGAGGACAAAAAUGUGUGAGUGCCAGUGAUAAGGAUGACGUCAAUGCUGGUGUGGGCGAACAAGGGGAUGCGGCUAGUCGGAAACGCGUGACUUUGGAAGAGAAGGAGCAGCACCAGUGGGUGGUCGACGAGGCGACGCUUUCGUCAGUCAUCGCUAAUGGCGAAGAUCUUCGCACGUUUGUGAAGAAGAAGGAGGUGGAGAUCGAGGAGCUCUGCAAGCAGCACUACGAGGAGUUCAUCCACGCCGUUGACGAGCUCAGAUACGUGCUGGUGGACGCAGACGAGCUGAAGCAUGGGCUGGCGAUGCAGAACACGGAGAUGCAGGAGGUGGGCAGCGGGCUGCUGCACAAGCUGGACGAGCUCAUUCAGCACAACGCCAUCAAGACCAACCUCGCCUCCGCGCUGCAGCUGCUCAAGAAGUGCAAGACCGUUGUCGACCUCUGUGCCAAGGUGAACGAGGCAAUAGCAGCGGACAGCUACUACCAGGCGCUGAAGACCCUAGACGCUAUUGAGCGCGACCACCUGCGCACCAUCCCCUCCUCUGCUCUGCGCGCAUGGGUAGAGAGGGGUAUUCCGCGGUGCAGAGCGCAUAUCGAGCGCAAGGUGAACCAGGAGUUCAACGAGUGGAUGGUGCAGAUCCGGGAAACGAGUCAAGAGAUCGGUCGACAGGCGAUAGGGCAGGCGUUCAGUGCAAGGCAGAGAGAAGUGGAGCUCGGGGACAGGCAGAGGCAGGCCGAGGAACAGACGCGGUCAGGAGCGAGGGCAGUGGCGUACAUGUUAGAAGUGGAAGAUGCCGAAGAGGAUGCAUCGAUGCUCAAGUUCAACCUGACGCCCAUCUACCGCGCGCACUACAUCAACACGUGUCUGGGCAUCCAGGAUCAGUUCCGCGACUACUACUAUGACAACCGCAAGCUGCAGCUCAACACCGACCUGCAGUUCACGCCAGGGCAGUCAUUCAACGACUACUGCUCGCAGGUGGCGGGGUUCUUCAUAGUGGAGGACCGCAUCAUGCGCACUGCUGGGGGAGUCAUCAAACCCGCUCAGGUGGACGUGCUGUGGGAGACGGCCAUAGCGCGCAUGCGCAGUGUGAUGGAGGAGCAGUUCGCGUCCAUGUCAUCGGCCGACCACAUGCUCAUGGUCAAGGAGGACGUAUCCCUCUUCGCCGCCGCGCUGCGCAGAUACGGCUUCCAGGUGUCUCCACUACUGGACGUGCUGGCGUCCAUGAGGGACAAGUACCACGAGCUGCUGCUGGAGGAGGCGCGGCGGCAGGUGAACGACUCGAUUGCCAACGACAAGCUGCAGCAGAUGGUGAUGCGCAAGGAGUAUGAGUACAGCAUGAACGUCCUCGCCUUCCACAUCCAGCAAACGGACAUCAUGCCAGCGUUCCCGUGGAUCGCAACCUUCUCAGCGUCGGUGCCUGAGAUCUGCCGCAUCGUGCGCAUCUUCAUCGACAGCUCCGUCUCCUUCCUCAAGCACACGGGCCACAUGGACCAGUACGACCUCGUGCGGCGCUACCUCGAUCGUCUGCUCACCACUGUUGUGAACGAGGCGCUGCUGCGGCUCAUUGGCAACCCCACGCUGCAAGUGUCCCACGCCAUGCAGGUAGCGGCGAACAUGACAGUGAUGGAGCGAGCAUGCGCAUUCUUCGCAGAGCACGCAGCCAAGUCAUGCGGCAUUCCCUCUCGCCUCGUGGACGGUGCGCACGGUACGCUGGCCGCCCGGAACACCCUCCGGCAGUCGCAGGCGGGGGCAUAUGAUGCCAUGCUGCGCAUCAUGAAUGAGAAGAUCGACGAAAUGAUGACUCCUGCAGAGCAGAUCCCGUGGAAUCCCAUGGAACCACCCGGGCUGGUGAACGAGUAUCUCACGGAUCUGUGCAUCUACCUGGAGACCAUGAUGGAGACGGCCAGACAGCUGCUUCCCCUCGAUGCCUUCCAGCGGGUGAGUGGAGGCAUGAUGCGCCACAUCAGCAACGUCCUAGUCAGCCUGCUGUGUGGCUCUGCCGUGCCGCGGUUCAACCUGUACGCCAUCCAGGGAGUGGACAACGACUUGCGCGUCAUUGAGGGCUUUGCCGACCAGGAGGACGAGAAGAGUGGCGUGAUGAAGGACAAUGGCGAGGUUGUGCCUCUCAAGUCGCACCUUGCGGAGUCACGGCAGCUCAUCAACCUCAUUCUCAGCAACAACCCUGAGCAUUAUGCGACCAAGUCGCACCGGGAGAAGAAUUACGGGGCGCUGGCGCCAACUAAAGUGCUCAUCGUCUGCGAUAAGUAUCGGGUAUGUAUAGACUUGCUCAUAAAACCAGUUAAGGCUACAUUCCUACCUUUCCUGUUUGUGUAA